UAUUUGGGUUUAAGUCAGGUUUUUCAUGAAAAGAACUCGCAUCGGAAAACCAUAUCUUGAGUUUGUCCAUUUGGAUAAAGUCUAGUUUAUUAAAUAUAUCAAAAUUGUAUUCUUUAUUAUUUAAGAUUUUAAUAAGAAUUAAUCUUUCUCUUUAAAUUUUUACACUAAAUAAAAUGAAUGAAGCGCAUCAAACCGGUGAUCAAUUAAUUUCCAUCAUUGAGUGGAGAUUGCAUACUAAAAUUGCAUCAAAGUUAUUUCUUCCAGUCAUAGCUGAUACGAGAGUAACUACGAAAAUUCAGACUAUCACGAAGAGGUUGCACAAUUCAUCUGAAUCUUGUUCCACUUCAUCCGAAAUCUCUGCUGAUACGGAAAAGAAAAACCUUUCUGUUCAAAUGACAUUAGUUAAUCUAAAGCAAAUAAUUUCUCAGUUGGAACUAUCAAAAAUGUCGUGAUUUCAAUGUGAUGACUUUAUAAAGUGAUUAACACACAUGGUAAAAAAAAGUUUUAUAAAAAAGUUUUUAGUUAUUUGUGUAUUAAGCUACCUACUUAAAGGAAAGAACUCAAAAUGAUUAUAAAGAAUGAUAAAAAUAAAUAUAAAUAGAAAGCUUUUAUAAAAGCUCUUUAAGCAAGGUUUAAUUUCUUAAGAUUAUCCUAUAAAGUCCCUAUGACUCACCUUUGUAACUCUCUAAACUUAAGAAUUGUUCCAUGUUUUGGAUAUAAAAAAAUAAACGAAAGAUUAUUUUAAUUUCAUACUCU